AUGGCCGGAGAAUUCCAGUGGUCUGAUGAACUUGUUCUGGAUUUAAUUUAUGAAAUCGAACAACGACGUCAUUUGUGGGACCCGAAAGACGAAGACAAAAAAAAUAGAAAUAAAAAAAGUGAUGCCUUUAAAUCGUUGGGAAAAAAGUUUGGAGUGACUCCCGAAGAAAUUAUAAAGAAGUAUGAACAUUUGUUGCAAAGUUAUAGAAAGUGUUGUCGGAAAGCAAAGAAUAGUAUAAAGACAGGAGCCGGAACAAGCGAUGUUUACAAACCAGUUUGGUUUGCUUUUGAAGCGCUCAAUAAAUUUAUGAAAGAUGUUUAUACACCGCAUGGAGUAACAGACACAAUGACAAAUGAAGCGAAAUCUAAUGAUGAUGAUAGGGACAAUGAUGCCUCUAUUAUUCCCGAGUCUCCAGAAGAUGCAGAUACGGUCGAUACACAACAGACAACUGAGGCCAACCGAGAACAAGAUGUGGCUCCUGAUAACCGAGCACAUCAAAAAAGAAAAAAGUUUACAAAUGAUUCUGAUGAAAGAGCGGAAAUGACAUUUCAAUAUCUUCAGACGAAAAUGCAAGAAGGGAGAAAAGAAAUUGACGAAUGUAUUGCUUUUGGUAAUUUAAUUGCUGACGAUUUUGAAGGACUUACUUGUGUGAAUGCAAUCCAGCCAACUGCAGGUAUCGGAAGCCCAAUAAUUCCCGACAUCGGCUCAUUUCCAGUGCUUAUUGCCCAAAAAGAGAUGUUGUGUUCAGCAUACGCAUUCAGGAAUUUGACAUGA